AAGUUGUGCGUUUCUGUUUGAGGUUAUUUUUAUAUAUUUGACCUAAAAUACAUUUUUAACCGAAGUCCUGUAUUAAUACUUAAAUAAUAUAAGGUUUCAAACAAUCUAUAAGCCAUACCCUCCUAGAAAUAUAUUCAUAAAAUGGCUACGUUUUCAAGACUACAUAAAAUCGCUCUUAUAAGCUUAGGUGCUGUAGGUGGUAGUUUAGCAUAUUAUACUAUAGGUAAAUCUGAAAAGAAAUUUGAUGUUCAAAAUUCUUGGACGGUGAAUUACACGCCGAGUGUCAAAUGGGAGAAGAAUUGGGACCGUCGAGAACCCCAGUCGAUAGUUCAACCUCCAUCACCUAGUAAGCCAGAGGAUGAUAACAGAUACAAUGAGCAAAUAGAGAAGGCAAAAAGUAAAGCUGUAAGACAUUUAUUCCUCAUCCGACAUGGACAGUAUAAUCUUGAUGGGGCUACUGAUAAAGAGAGAGUUUUGACUGAAUUAGGUAGGAUACAAGCAGAUGUGACUGGACAGAGGUUGGCAACAUUACAGAUAAAGUGGGACUUACUUGUGAGAUCGACAAUGACUAGAGCACAAGAGACAGCCUCUAUAAUAGCUAAGCAUUUAAGUAAAGAUUUAGAAAUUAAGGACUGUCAGCUGAUUGAGGAGGGAGCACCAAUUCCACCUGAACCACCUGUCGGUCACUGGGCGCCGGAACCAAGACAGUUCUUCCAGGACGGCGCGAGGAUAGAAGCCGCCUUCCGCAGAUACUUCUACAGAGCGCCGCCCGAACAGACACAGGAUUCGUACACUAUACUCGUAUGUCAUGCUAAUGUUAUACGAUUCUUUGUUUGCAAAGCCCUCCAAUUUCCUCCGGAAGGCUGGCUCCGUAUAUCAUUGAACCACGGUUCAAUAACAUGGAUUUCAAUACUGCCAAAUGGUAAUGUUGUCCUGCGAGCUCUGAGUGAUACUGGACACAUGGAACCAAAGCAUAUCACUAGCCGCCGACCCAAAAAGUCAUCGAAACGGCGAAAACUCGAAACAAAAAUUGAAUAAAACAAACGUAUCAACGCAUGAAAUUGAAAGAGAUAAAAAAAUUAACAAAAUGAUGUUUAUUGCAAAAAAUGAAGACUUCAAGAAUCUCGUAUCCAAACACAUAUUCACAAAACGUUGUAAUACAUGAGGCGCACAAUGCUAAAAUUAUUUUAUCAAUUAUAACUUUUACACUUAAAAAAAAUGAAAUUCAAAAUAUGCGUAAUAAUAAUAAUGGAAAAAAGAAAUAAGCUAUACUUACCAAUAAAAACGCGCAAACUAUUUUUUUUA